AUGAACAGCUUCAUGUUGACAACUUCGGCACUGUCCCUUCGAGCCGCCAACCGCGAAAGGUGGACCUACGUGCGCAACGAACGAUGGUUUGAAGACACGGUGCCCUGCCUUGGUGACGGCCACUUUAAGCAAAGUUUUCGAGUGAGCCCAGCCACCUUCCGUUAUCUUGUGGACUGUUUGCGUCCUUCGCUGGAGAGGGUUACAACGAAUAUGCGCGAGUGCAUUGCGGUGGAAAAAGUGGUGGCCAUCGGCUUAUUCAAACUGUGCUCCGUGGCAGAGGACCGAGUCGUGGCCACUGUCUUUGGCGUCAGCCGUUCAACGGUGAAUGGUAUUUAUCGAGAGUUUUGCGAAGCCGUCAUUUCCGUCUUGGAAAAGGACUGGCUCAAGAUGCUGCGUCCAGCGGACAUGGACGAACACAUUCGCGAAUUCAUGGCCGUCUGUGACUUUCCCCAAGCCGUAGGAGCCCUCGACGGCUGCCACUUUCCCGUGUCGCCGCCGGAAGAACAUGCCACUGACUAUUAUAACUAUAAGGGAUGGCACAGCAUUAUUCUUCUGGCUCUCGUGGACCACAAGUACCGUUUCAGGUAUAUAAACGUGGGUGCCCCUGGAAGAAGCCACGACUCUCACGUUUACCGAAUGUCGAGCCUCUCCCAGAUGGUUGCAAGUCCCCUUUUUAAGGCUCCGGCUGCAGCAAUUGGAGGAGUUGCCGUCCCACCUCUGAUAUUGUGCGACCAAGCAUUCCCACUAACACCAAAUCUCAUUAAGCCAUUUGGACACAACGGUCCACUGAAUGAAGACCAGAGAACAUUCAAUUACCACAUCAGCCGAGCGAGACGUAUAGUAGAAAACGCUUUUGGGAGACUUAAAGCAAGAUUUCGCUUCACGUCGAAGAGAAUGGAAUGUGAUAUUGACAAUGCCCGCCUGGUGAUUCGCGCAUGCUGCGUGCUCAACAACAUUUGUGAGCAUUUCAAUGAUGCAGUUCAGUUUCAGUGGCUCCAGGAAGUACAACAGUCUAACAACCAACUGCCCCAGCCAGUGCGUAGUAGCGAUUCUGAAAUUGGAAAUGCAGCCAGUGUGCGUUCUGCACUCGUGGACUACUUCAGACAGAGGGUGUAG